GGGGGGUGGGGUUUGUGAGCUUGUUUAGUGCAGUGUGGACUGAGGAGCAGGUUUGUACCUUGUAAAUACUGUUAUUUGUAUAUACUGUAAAUGAUGACAUCGGUGGGCACCAGUCGUGCCCGAGGCAACUGGGAUCAGACACAGACACAGAAUCAGACACAGCAGAAACAGCGGCCACAGGCCACGGCCGAGCAGAUCCGAAUUGCACAGAUGAUUUCAGACCACAAUGACGCCGACUUCGAAGAGAAGGUGAAGCAGCUGAUUGACAUCACGAGCAAAAACCAGGAUGAGUGCAUGAUCGCUCUGCACGAUUGCAAUGGAGACGUCAACAGGGCCAUCAACGUACUCCUGGAGGGGAACCCAGACACGGAUUCCUGGGAAAUGGUGGGCAAGAAGAAGAGCUUGGCGGGACAGAAGGAAGCUGGGCAGACGGAAGGCGGCGGAGGCAGCGGCGGCAGCGAGGAGAACAAAGAGAUUCGCGACCGAGACCGAGAUCGGGACCGGGAGUUCAGCCGGCGGCGUCUGGGAGGCAGCAGGAGAGGGAGGGGGACGAGCCGGGGCAGGGAGUUUCGGGGCCAGGAGAAUGGGUUAGACGGAGCAAAGAGCAGCGGCACCUUUGGCAGGACCUCGGAGAGAGGCAGACGGGGGCGGGGCAGAGGCAGAGGUUUGGGCCGAAGAGGAGGAAGGUUUUCUGCCCAGGGGAUGGGGACGUUCAAUCCCGCCGACUACACCGACCCGGCCGGUGCGGAUGAAUACUACGGCAACGCCACGUGGAACAGCGGCGGCGGCUUCGACACGGACGACGGAACAAGGCUGCAGUUCAGUGGGGGCUCCGGAGCAAAUUGUCCCAGAAAGUUUGAGACUGUGCCUGGUGCUUGGCGGACUGCAACUGAAGAGUGGGGCACGGAUGAUUGGAGUGAAGAUUCAGCACCUUGCAGCAGCUUCCUGACUGCUGAUGACAAAAGGAGCCCUCCCAAAGCAGUUAAUGGCUGCUAUCAGCUGUCCGAGACGAAGAUUUUUACCGCCUCUAACGUCGCAGCUCUCCCUGCAGCCAACGAGACUGUGACAAUCACAGCGGGCCAGAG